UUACAACAGUUGCUUCCACACGCAGUGCUUCUGCUUACUUGCGGAAUCUAAUCUCCCGUGUCAUUCAACAAGAUACGCGGCCCUCCUCUGGCCUCUACCUUGCUCUCUAGCUUUGCCAUAAACAGGCCCCUUCAAGUCACGGUGAACCUGGACAUAAAAUCGCAAUGUCCACAUCAUCAGCAAACGGCCAGUUAUUGACCUUGAGUAGUCUCGCUCGCGCUUUUGCCUAACAGAUCUUCGCCUUCGUAGACGUCGACGUUGAGUGCGGAGUUAAACUGUAUCUUUCUACAUUUGGAUAGCGAAAACGUGCAUCUUUCCUUCGCCAAAACCCGAGAAGAGCCUCAUCUCGAAUGCAGUGUUGACUGACUGUAGUGCGGCUCUCGAUAGUGUUUUGCUAAGCUUGUUGCUGUUGCUGUUUGACCAUCUCUCAAGGUCCAAAGUAAAAAGUGCAAUCGGGCUUCGCUUUCCUAGCGGACGAAUGUGUGUUCUUCAAGAGCCGAAAGUGCCUUUCCAAGCGGUGUGUUUUUUACAUCAACGGUUAAUCCGUGAAUGUCGUGAGUGUGAAUGAAUGAAGAAACUUAAGUUGAGCUAAAAUAUAGUGAAUAAAUCGUUACAUUGUUUUGUUUUCGUUGGAUCGGGUUGUUAUUAAAUAGUGCAUCGCAUUUCGAUACCCUUUUGUGAGCGUAUAGGUACGUGUUGGAUCGACGACCGGCCGAAGACGAACGAGUGGCAAUCGAAUUACGAUGUCAACAUUUUUCACCACUAACCGUCACGGUUACAGUGUCCGGUUCUCUCCCUUCAACCCGGACCAGUUCGUGGUGGCAUCUAGUCAGUUCUACGGUCUGGCCGGCGGCGGAACUCUCUACUUUCUGGAGCUCUCGCCGGACGGCAACUCGAUUGUCGAGAAGCGAACCCACCACUGGACAGAUGGGCUGUUUGACGUGACAUGGUCCGAAUCGAACCAGGAAAUUGUGGUGUCUGGUUCCGGUGAUGGAAGCGUCCAGUUGUGGAACACCAGCUUGAGUGCCAACAACGGACCACCACACAUGGUCUACCGGGAACACAAGAAGGAGAUCUACAGCGUCGACUGGAGCAAGGUGCCAUACGAACAGCUCUUCAUUAGUGCCAGUUGGGACAGCACGGUGAAGAUUUGGGAUCCGAUCAGGAACCAUUCGCUCAGUACCUACAUUGGGCAUACGCAGCUAGUCUACAAUGCGGUUUUUGCGUCGCAUAUUCCGAACACAUUCGCCAGCGUCAGUGGCGAUGGGAUGUUGAAGAUUUGGGACAUUCUUUGCUAUGAUCUACCGAUCGCCAGCAUCAAAGCUCAUGAAGGAGAGGUCCUUACUGUAGAUUGGUGCAAACACGACUCAAACGUUUUGGCGACUGGAGCAUCCGAUGGUCUCAUCCGUAUAUGGGAUCUACGCAACUUUGGCAUCCCAAUAGCCGAACUGAAGGGCAAUGAAUUCGCCGUAAGAAAAGUACAAUUUUCACCGCACAACUUGUCGGUGUUGGCCAGUGUGGGUUAUGAUUUCACUACCCGAAUCUGGGACUUCAAGAAAACCAACGAGGCUAUGGAAACCAUCAAGCACCACUCGGAAUUUACCUAUGGGCUGGACUGGAAUCGGAGGCGACCGAACCAGCUGGCUGAUUGCGGCUGGGACUCUUUGGUGCACGUUUUCAAACCGGACUGUUUGGCCGAUAAGAUCUAAAUGAAACGAAGUUUGCGCAAUAGGACGAGAAACGGUUUUAACGAAAUUCAUUGAAAAAAAAUAUGAAAUGCGACAAAACAGUAAACCAAAUUGUGAUUUAGGAUGUAAGUAGUCUAAAAGAACGACAUUUGGAUAUAUGAAACUAUUUAAGGCAGAAUCGGUCAAAAUUGCCUUCCAGGCAAGUACAUAAUUGUAUUAUACACUAAAAGAACAAAACAACAAAAAUAUGGAAAAAUAUAAAUGUUUCGGCAACUUGAUGUAAUGUAAAAAUGGAUGGGAAUUAAAACUGUAAGAAGGGGGAAAGGGUUUGUGAAAUAACAACUCAUGGUGGAAGAAGAUAUAUGCCAAAUAUAGUCGUAUAGAAUCAUUCGAGUCACUUUAAGUUAAGGGCGAUGGUUUAUAUUAAACUAUAAGAUUGUUUUCUAUUUUAUUUAUUUGUACGUACGAUACAAAGUACGUUCUGUUUAGUUUUGUAGAAAGAUGUCAAAAUUAGACAAAUUAAAAUUAUUGGCGUUAAUUAAACACAACUGUUUCAAACUAAGUCCUAUCUCAACUUUUGUUGUCCGGUGGUAUUGUACAAUGGAAAAAGUAUAGUUUGAAUAAAACUAAACAUUUGAGACGUUUUGGAAA